AGAAGAAAAUCCGUAAUUACAAUUUUACCCCUCCUUCAACGGCUCGAUCGCAAGUUAGUUACAAUACCAAAAAAAAAAAAACUGGAGCCCACUCACAACACAGAACAUUCUAGAGACUCUCACCCUUUAACCUAUAUAACUCCAAUCUCUUGCAAUAACUAAUUCACAAUUCAGUUUCAAAAACGUAACCCUAAAAUUCUCUCUCUUUCUCUUGAAUUUCGAUUUUGAUUUUCUCUGUUACAAUGGCCGGUAAAGGUGAAGGACCGGCGAUCGGAAUCGAUCUCGGAACGACGUACUCGUGCGUCGGCGUCUGGCAACACGAUAGAGUUGAAAUUAUCGCCAACGAUCAAGGCAACCGUACAACGCCGUCGUAUGUUGCGUUUACAGAUAGUGAAAGAUUGAUCGGUGAUGCCGCCAAGAAUCAGGUCGCCAUGAACCCUACCAACACCGUCUUCGAUGCGAAGAGGUUGAUUGGUAGGAGAAUUAGUGAUUCCUCUGUUCAGAGUGAUAUGAAGUUGUGGCCUUUUAAGAUUACUUCCGGUCCCGGUGAGAAGCCUAUGAUUGGAGUAAACUAUAAGGGUGAAGAAAAGGUGUUUGCUGCUGAGGAAAUCUCGUCUAUGGUUUUGAUAAAGAUGCGUGAGAUUGCUGAGGCUUAUCUUGGUUUGACUAUUAAGAAUGCUGUUGUUACUGUACCGGCUUACUUUAAUGAUUCUCAGCGUCAAGCAACCAAAGAUGCUGGAGUUAUUGCUGGCUUGAAUGUUAUGAGGAUUAUCAAUGAGCCAACUGCAGCAGCUAUUGCUUAUGGGCUAGAUAAGAAAGCUACAAGUGUUGGUGAGAAGAAUGUGUUGAUCUUUGAUUUGGGUGGUGGUACUUUUGAUGUUUCUCUUCUUACUAUUGAAGAGGGUAUUUUUGAAGUUAAAGCCACUGCUGGUGAUACCCAUCUUGGUGGUGAAGAUUUUGAUAAUAGGAUGGUUAACCAUUUUGUACAGGAGUUUAAGAGAAAGAAUAAGAAGGAUAUUAGUGGAAACCCUAGGGCACUUAGGAGGUUGAGAACAGCUUGUGAGAGGGCGAAGAGAACUCUAUCAUCAACUGCACAGACAACCAUUGAGAUUGAUUCUUUGUACGAGGGUGUUGACUUUUACACAACAAUCACUCGUGCUAGGUUUGAGGAACUUAACAUGGAUUUAUUCAGGAAGUGUAUGGAGCCUGUUGAGAAGUGUUUGAGGGAUGCUAAGAUGGAUAAGAGCACUGUACAUGAUGUUGUUCUUGUAGGUGGUUCCACUAGGAUUCCUAAAGUUCAGCAAUUGUUGCAGGAUUUCUUCAAUGGAAAGGAGCUUUGCAAGAGCAUCAACCCAGAUGAGGCUGUUGCUUAUGGUGCUGCUGUCCAGGCAGCUAUUUUGAGCGGUGAGGGUAACGAGAAGGUUCAAGAUUUGUUGCUUUUGGAUGUCACUCCAUUGUCUCAAGGUUUGGAGACAGCAGGAGGUGUCAUGACUGUAUUGAUCCCAAGGAACACAACAAUCCCUACCAAGAAGGAACAAGUUUUCUCUACCUAUUCAGAUAACCAACCUGGUGUGUUGAUUCAAGUAUAUGAGGGUGAGAGAACAAGAACAAAGGACAACAACUUGUUGGGAAAAUUCGAGCUUUCUGGAAUUCCUCCAGCUCCCCGUGGUGUUCCUCAGAUCACUGUUUGCUUUGACAUUGAUGCAAACGGUAUCUUGAAUGUCUCUGCUGAAGACAAAACCACAGGCCAGAAGAACAAGAUCACCAUUACCAACGACAAAGGAAGGUUGUCAAAGGAAGAAAUCGAGAAGAUGGUUCAAGAAGCCGAGAAGUACAAGAGUGAAGAUGAGGACCAUAAGAAGAAAGUUGAGGCAAAGAACUCAUUGGAGAACUAUGCCUACAACAUGAGAAACACUAUCAAAGAUGACAAGAUCAGUUCAAAGCUUUCUGCAGGUGAUAAGAAAGUGAUUGAGGAUGCAAUUGAAGGAGCCAUUCAAUGGCUUGAUGCCAACCAGCUUGCUGAAGCGGACGAAUUUGAAGACAAGAUGAAGGAGCUUGAAACAGUUUGUAAUCCUAUUAUUGCAAAGAUGUACCAAGGUGGUGCUGCUGGUGAAGGUCCUGAAAUUGAUGAGGAUGCUCCUCCACCAACAAGUGCCAGUGGCGGCCCUGGUCCCAAGAUUGAGGAGGUCGACUAAGUUUAGUAGAUGGAUGGAUAUGUCGGUAGAGACUUAUGCUUGAGUCUGUUAUAAUUGUGUCGUGGCUAUGUUAGAAUUUUGCUUUUAUGAACAAUGUUGCAAUGUGAUUUUCUAAUCAAUUGAACGGUGAGUAAUAACCACCGUAUUUUGCUCAUUACACCUUUGGUGUUAAUACUACAGUUUAUUGUUAAA